AUGCCAUCACCUGUCUGGACUGCUGCUUGUCUAGGAAAAGAUAAUAUUACUUACAUAUUUGGUGGAACUGAUGCGUCACAAUCGUCAUUACCCGAAGUAAACACUUUAUACGAAAUAAAGCCAUUGAAUGACACUUCUCUUAGUUGGACAACAUCUUCACCAAAGCAAGGAGACACGUGGCCAAGUGCACGAGAUGGAAUAUUUCCAAUCAUUGAUAAUCUUUCGAGAAUUUUCGUGUGGGGUGGACGUAAUACAGGUCAAGAUAAUACAACAACGUAUAUAUUCGAAUCGAAUAGUUGGAAAAGCUAUAAAUUAGCAAAUACACCGAAUCCAAGAUCAUCUUAUUCGGCAACAUUAUUAAAUGAUGGUCGAAUUAUUUAUAUUGGUGGAAUAAGUAGGAGUCCAUAUCCAGAUGUUGAUUUUUUAGAGAUAUUAAUAUUUGAUACCACAAAACUUGAAUGGAAUAGUCAGAUAAAAAAUCGAUUGGGGCAUUCAGCAUUACUUCACUUGGAUUCCAUUUCUAUUAUUAUGUAUGGAGGACUUUACUAUCCUACUGGAGUUAUUCCCAAUUCUGACUCGAUAUGGAUAUUGAACACCACAACUUGGACAUGGUUCCGGCCAUCAGUUAAUAGCUUAUCUUACACUAAUGUAACAAGAAGUCAUACUGCUAUUAUGUAUAAUGGAUAUAUGAUUAUAGCACUUGGAGUAUAUGGAAAUUAUUCUUUUACAUCUGAAGUAAAGAUUUUGGAUGUGGCGAAUUUAAAUUCAUUGGCUUGGACGCCUACUUACGAAGUAAGAAUAGGAUCACCCACCAGCACUACUACUGGGCCUGCCACAUCCUUUGAUCCUAAUCCAACCAACCCCGCAAAUGGACCCCCCGGAAAGAAUGAUAAACUUGGUCUAAUACUUGGAGGUUCAAUCGGUGCUGCAGCUGUUAUCACUGUUAUCAUUGCGUUUGUGAUAUUUUUUAUGCGUCGACGUAAAUCUGAUUCUCCUGCUAACAUUACUCCAAAUGGAAGAAAUUCGGAAUAUUCUACGCAUUCUAACAAUGAACCAGUUUCUGUGAUUAUUCCAACUGUUAAACCAACAGGAUUUCCAACCCAAAUUCAGGAUCCAAGCCCACCUGUUAGUCAAUACAUACCUAACCCACCAUAUAAUCCGAAUUUACCAUCGUAUCAACAAUAUAACCCGAAUUUACCAUCUUAUCAACAAUAUAACACAAAUCUAGCAGAGAUUCGACCUGUCAAUCCAAAUCCGCCAGUAAAUCAAUACUCUUCGAAUUUUAUGGGAAGUCAAUCUAUUAAUCCAAAUCCACCAGCAAAUCAAUAUUUGUCUUCGAAUAUGCAAAAUAAUCAAAACGAUAAUUCAAUUCCAAGUUGGUACCUUGCUGUAGCACAAAAUAGUCACCAAGGAAAUAUUGACCAGAAUAACGGAAAUUGGAUUUAA